AUGCUUGCUGUCAAUAGUACCAACAGCACUGUCUUCUCCACCUUCCUGCUUACAGGCAUCCCUGGGCUGGAGGCCGUGCACAUCUGGAUUUCCAUACCCUUCUGUGUCAUGUUUCUUAUUACGUUGGUGGGCAACAUGACCAUCAUAACAGUUAUCUGGUGGGAGCAGACCCUCCAUGAACCUAUGUACCUUUUUCUGGCCAUGCUGGCUACUUCUGAUCUGGGUCUGUCCUUCUUCACCCUUCCCAUAAUGCUGAGGAUAUUCUGGCAGAAUAAUCGAGAGCUGACCUUCCCUGCAUGCUUUACCCAAAUGUUCUUUAUUCAUACAUUCCAGAAUUUUGAGUCCGGCAUUAUCCUGGCAAUGGCCUUUGACCGCUACGUGGCCAUUUCUCGUCCAUUGCACUAUUCUUCCAUCCUCACUAGCAGUGUGAUUUCCAGGAUAGGUUUGGCCAUUGUUGUGAGAACCUUAGCGGUAGAAGUUCCCCUCCCCAUCCUUUUGAGGAGGCUGUGCUUCUGUCGCUCCAAUGUACUUUCUCAUUCCUACUGCCUGCAUCCUGACAUCAUAAAGCUCUCCUGCUCCAACACUAGGAUCAAUAGCAUUAUGGGAUUGUUUGUGGUGCUCUUCACCAUGGUCCUUGACUUUUUUCUUAUUCUGCUUUCUUAUGUACUGAUACUGAAAACCGUCUUGAGCAUUGCAUCGCAUGGUGGCCGCCUCAAGGCGCUCAACACCUGCAUCUCCCACGUCUCCGCUGUGAUCCUCUUCUUCACACCCAUGGUCUGCUUGUCCAUGCUACACCGCUUUGGCCCCAGACUUCCCUCACACGUUUAUGUGACCAUGGCCAACAUGCAUUUCCUCAUUCCUCCUGUGAUGAACCCCAUUGUGUAUGUGGUAAAAACCAAGCAGAUGAGAGAUAAAAUACUUAGGUUUUUUCAUUAA